AUGCUCCUCCGAAAUUUUCGGCUCCAACGAAACAGGGCUCCUGUUGUCGUUUGUGUGGCGAUUACCCUGUUCUUGUGCUUUUUGUCCUUACAUUCUCUCUUCUUAGCCCUGUUCAUGGACGAAACUGUGUACCAGCAACAAUCCGAGGAAACGUUGCGACAAAUGGAGCGAGCUAUCUUGCGUCCCAACGGACAAUUAACGUGUCAGAAAAUUUGCCGAAUUGUACCGCCGGUAUCACACCGGAUGGAAGAGAAAUUGGUCCAGGUAGGUGAUGUGGGCGUACGCGUUGAGUUAGAGUCAAGAGAAUCAACUCUCAUCAGACACAUCAGUCCAACUUUGCAGGGUGGUGCUUGGGCAUAUCGCUCACGCGCUCCUAAUUCCAGCCGUCACUGCGAACGGACUUACGAUGCUGGAGUCGCUAUUGUUAUCGCUUGUAAAAACCGUUGGAAACAGUUGAAUGUCAUGCUACACUAUCUCAUUCCACUUUUGCAAAAACAACGUUUUUGCUUUCGGAUUUUUGUGGUUGAACAGCUAAAUCCCUCUGUUUUCAACAAAGGUGCGAUUUUGAACGUUGGCUUCGUUGAGGCAGCAAAGCACUUCCGAUUUCGUUGCGUUAUCUUCCAUGACGUGGACUUGGCCCCCAUCAAUGAUCUGAAUCCAUACGGCUGUGAUAGUCUAACCGAGAAUAUCGUCGUACAUCUUGGAGUGGGAAUCGACAACCGUUCGUUCAAGCUACUGUACCCAUCUCUGGUCGGUGGCGUAUUAAAAUUUUCAACGCUUAACUUCAUCAGAGUGAAUGGCUUUUCCAACCGGUACUGGGGUUGGGGACAGGAGGAUGACGACAUGGCAACACGCAUACAUGCCAGGGGAUUAGACUAUAUACAUGUGCCGAUAUCGGUAGCCCGAUACCAUGCGGUACCCCACGAUCCAGAGCCAAAGGACUACGUAUAUGAUCACUGGACACUGCUAAAAUCGGCGAAGGCCCGUAUAAGUACCGACGGAUUGAACUCUCUCAACUAUUCUAUCGUGGAUGUCAAACACACUUUCUAUUAUACAUAUAUUUUGGUGGAUGUUGGUCGAUGUAGUUGA